AAAACAAAUAUUAGUGCGCAAUGACUUAUAUUAAGUUUAAAUAUUACAUUAUUAAAAUUUAUUUUAAAAUGCGUAUUUUAAAUUAAAAUACCUUUUAUAAAUUAGUUCGACUGAGGUAAUUUUUAUUUAAAAACUUUCAACCCCCUUGUGAGUAUCACAAUUCAAGACUUAUCGUCAAAACAUAUUUUAACUUACUUAACCAAUGAGAAAUUUGUGGAACAAAAGGUCGUUGGGGAUUCAAAAAACUAUGAGCUAUUAGACACUAGAGAUUUGCUUCAAAUGAAAGUUGUGAAAUUUGUAAUCGAUAGCAUGGCUAUAUGUUAUGGAUGAGCUUUGAUAUUGAUGCAUUGUUACCACAUUUGUUUUACAUGAAUAAUGUCGCAUCAUCAUGAAUAUAAUCCAGUAAUUUAUUCGAAAAAAAUUGAAAUACACGCACAAGAAUUAUUGAUUUAUAGUUUGAAGUAAUGAAUAAAAUGGUUAAAACUCGUAUUAAAAAUAGCAUAAAAAAUAUCCCAGUAUGAUAAUAUUGGUAAUAUUUACCAGCGGAAAUAUUCAUACUCUUAUUUUUUUACACCUAUGCUGAAUAGCCUUAAAUUUUAAUCACAUGCUAAGUACUUAAUGGUUGGAUUGAAUAACAGCGGACCAUCAUGAGACGGAGAAAAGACAAUAUUAAUUGAAAACGAGUGACUGGAAGGAUAAAUUUUCUUUUAAGAUGACAUUAUGUUUUCCAGUCUUUCUCAUAAUGCUUACAACUUCUCUAGCAAAUCCUUGUACAUUCAACAGUAUGUGUACUUGCAAAACAGACGAAGCUUUAAGAAUGCAUAUAGCAUGUGUGUCAGUUCCGUUUUACACAAUGCCGAUUGUCGAAGUUGGCACCCGUAUAAGUCAUAUGGAUGUAAUAUCUUCCGAAAUCGAAGUCGUAGAAAAUGACAUACUACAAGAUACUCACAUUGAGUCACUGCGACUGAUGAGCAAUAAAAUUAGUACUGUGGCGGACAAAGCCUUUGCGUCAUCAGGCUCGGUACUAAGAGCUUUAGAUAUCAGUUUUAAUCAACUGAAUAAAGUACCAAUGAAAGCUCUUACUAACAUAAAAAGUUUAGAUUGGCUAAAUUUGCAUGGAAAUAAUAUUGAGAAAAUAGAACCUCAGUGGAAUCAUCUUCAAGAUACAUUACAACACUUAUUUAUUGGAGAAAAUGACUUGACAAUAUUUCCUGAGAGUUUAUCAAAACUUCGAUCGCUCUCAACACUGAAUUUAGAUAAUAAUUUAAUUACAACUAUUUCUACAUCCCUCAAAACACCACCUUUACUUGAGACAUUGAGUAUAUCAAAUAAUUUUUUGCAAGAUUUUCCUAUUUUUUUUACAGAAUUAGGAACUUCAUUAAACAGACUAUACAUUCGAGAUAAUUAUAUCGAAAAUAUGACUAAAAUAAUACCAAACAGAUUUGUAAAACUUGAAGUCUUGGAUCUUGGUAUGAAUCGAAUUCAAAGUUGGACAGGUCGAUUGUUCGACGGCCGUUCUGAGGUCCGUAAUUUACACAUGGAUAUGAAUCAAAUCGAAGUUUUAGAAGAAAAAGCAUUCGAAGGACUACGAUCAGUCCGUAUGUAUUUGUCUCAUAAUCGGCUUCGAAGUAUAAAUCAUAAAACUUUUGAAGGCCUAGAGAGAAUAUUGGAAUAUUUAGAUCUAGAACAUAACAAAUUAGGAAUAAUUCCAACAGCAGUAAGGACUUUAAAAAAUUUAAAAUUUCUUUACCUAUCGUCAAAUGGUCUGAAUCAUAUUGACGUAGCAGACUUUGCGGGUGUAUCUUCAAGCUUGCGAUCAUUAUCACUAUCAGGAAACCGUUUAACAGAAAUUCCUAGUAUGGCUUUAGAAAACUGUACGAAAUUAUCUCAUUUAAAUUUAGGGUAUAACUUUAUUCGAGAAAUAAAGGAAAAUGACUUUGAAGUUUGGGCAGAGCACUUAGAUACACUAUUACUUAUGAACAAUAAGCUGACUGAACUUACUGGAAGACCAUUUAAAAAGACAAUGGUCUUAAGAGAAUUAAGUUUGUCUUUUAACAAUAUUCAUUACGUGGACACAGAUGUGUUUUUAGAUUUAGCAAAUUCAUUGGAAAGUUUAGAAAUCAGUUUCAGUGUCUAUUAUGACAAUUUUCCUGUGAAAAUACUAAAACAUUUAAAAUCUCUUUUGUGGUUAGUUCUUGACAAUAACGAUAUUCUCUCAGUACCAGUUAAUUCCUUUCACACACUUGAUAAACUUCAGUAUAUCAAUAUGGAAUCAAAUAAAAUAUCUGUAAUAGCUCCGAAGACGUUUUCUUCUACCAAUCUAACUUAUCUUCGGGAAAUAAGACUAAACCAAAAUAAUUUAAUGUCACUAGAUUCCAACACGUUUUUAAAUUUACAACAAUUACAAACAAUUACAUUAUCGAGAAAUAAAAUAAUUGAAAUAAUGUCUCAUGCAUUUAACAAUCUUCCUAGGUUAUUUAAUAUAGAUUUAUCGUUUAAUAAAAUUGAAUACAUUCAACCGUCAGCUUUUUAUAGCUUACCGAAUUUAAAACGAAUAGAUUUACAAGGAAAUCAACUAAAAGAAUUACGAAUUACAUCAUUUAUAAAUUCAACAAACUCUAAACAACCAUUAUUAUUAAAUGUAUCAAGAAACUAUAUUGAACGAGCUCCAGUGGAUGAUCCAUUAACACCAAUUCAUGUAAAAAUUCUUGAUUUAAGCUAUAACAAUUUGCAGGAUAUUCCAUUUGAACUUUUAUACCUAGUGUCUGGUUCAAUGAAAAAUUUGUACCUGGAUCACAAUAAGAUUUCAAAAAUUUAUGACUCAGAGUUUGUAAACUUAUUUAAUCUCGAAAUUCUUUCGUUAGCAGGAAAUGGAAUAACAUCUAUAGCACAAAAGUCUUUUAGCAAUUUAACAUCUUUGCAAAUACUUGAUCUCUCUCAUAAUAAAAUACAACAUUUGUAUACUGAUCAAUUAGCAAUUUUACCUAAAUUACGAAUUUUGUCUCUAUCUGGAAAUUAUUUGAAUACUAUAAGUUGGGAUAUAGUAUCUGGUGCACCAUUAGAAUCAUUGGAUUUGUCUAACAACCAGUUCUUAACAGUACCAACUGGAGUAUUAUUUCAUACAGGAUCAACAUUAAGACAUUUAUUACUUUCCGGCAACCAAAUCGAUCAUAUUGAUGGUACUACUUUCUCAGGCAUCACAAAGUUAGCUAAUCUUAGUCUAGCCAAUAACAAGUUGACAAUAAUUCCUGACAAUGCAUUUGUAGGACUUUCUAGCUUAUUAUCAUUAGAUUUGUCUUCAAAUAACUUGAGAGCUAAUUUUAAAGAAUUAUUUCAUUAUAUUCAAAAUUUGAAACAUUUAAAUUUAGCUAACACAGGACUUACUGAAAGUCCAUCCUUGCCACUACCUAAUUUAGUAUCACUCAGAUUAUCCCACAAUAAGUUAAAAACGAUAUCAAGAGACUCAAUGGAAAUGUUGUCUCGAUUAAGAUCUCUUUUCAUUGAUUAUAAUGAAUUGUCUUAUUCCCCUGCAAACGUGUGGUCAUAUUUGCCAUCUUUAAAGUUGCUGGAUAUAUCAUCAAACCCUAUCAAAACAAUUACAAAAGCAAGUUUUAUGGAUUUAUCUAGACUACAGCAUUUAAGGGCUCAACAAUUACACUAUCUCGAUCGUUUUGAUGCUGGGUCAUUGUCAAAACUUUCUACACUUCGUUCAUUGACCACAGAUUGGAGAGAAAAUCUUGGACAAAUAGUUUGUGCUACAGCACAUUCUAUUCAUACGUUAUCAAUUUACGUAAAUCGGAUUAGGUUACCUGGACCUAUAGUUGAUCAUUGUGGUCCAAAAAUAGAUUCAAUAGAAAUCACAGGACCUAAAUUACGUAUCUUGGAUCCUUCUGUGUUCGACGGAUUACAAUUAGGGACUGGUGAUAGAUUAACUAUUAGUAUACGAAACACUGCCAUUGAAGAUUUACCAGCUGAUUUGUUAUUACCAUUAGUUGGUAUACCUAAACUCACAUUGGACUUAACAGGGAAUAAACUAACUUCGCUCAAUCCAUCAACUAUAUACUCAAACUAUACAUCAUGGGAGAAUUCAGGAACAAAUAUUUUAAAAGGCGGUCUAUUUCUUGAAGAUAAUCCUUUACAAUGUGACUGUGGGCUAUUAUGGUUAGGUCAGUGGUUGCGACGAUGGCUACGUGAAGCAGUUCAAGUGCACACUCUUGGAAUGGCCGAGUCUCAGAUGGUCCAAUCGACUGUCCGACGUGCAACGUGCACCGACCCUCGAAACGAUGCUGUACGUAUUCCAAUAGCUGAUAUUUAUCCUGAAGAUUUGCGUUGCAAGGCCAGUGCUCUAAGUGGUAGCGGAACGGGUAAUACUGCUACAAAAACUUCUCACUUGAUCAUUUGUUUGGUUCGAGCAUUGGCCGUUUUUUAUUUGGCGACGAUUUGGUGUAACGUAUGUUAGACUGACCGACAUUAAUAUAUAUUAUGUCAAUUUUAGUUUAUGUGUACUCUUUUAUUAAGUAUGUAAUCAGUGAUUUCGGUCUAAUCAGUGAAUCUGAGGUGCAAAUAUUGAUUUCAACAUUAUCAUAUGAUUUAGAAGAGCAGAACGAAUAAACAAUUAACUAUACGUUGACAGUAUUUGCACUUCCGUAUUUUUUUUACUUACAAUCCAGACUUGUGAUAAUUAUGUGUACUAUAAUUUGUAAAUAGUCUAUGUAUUGAUUGUUAACCGACUCCAAUGUAAGUUUGGUAUACGAAUAAUCGGUACUUGAAAAGUGUGUAAAAAAAACUCAAUUCUUUAAGUAAUUGGUUAAAAUAGAAUAGUUAUCAAAUCAAAACAAAACAUAGAAUAAUUAUCUAUGUUGAAUUCAAACAAUUAAAAAAUUGUUAAUAAUUGAAUAAAAAAAAAAUGCAUGCCCAUAAUUGUAUUUAUUACAAGGAACAUAUUUUAUAUUCCUAAAAAAUUGUUAUUUUAGGCGCUGCUAAUUAUAUUAUAAUUUAUAACUUGAACUUUCUUUUUGAAUAAUCUCACAUUGUUUUUAUCAUAUUACAUGAGUUCGUACUAUUUUUUUUUUUUUUUGUAAUGUAGGAAAAUAUUACCCAGAAAUUUUCAUUAAGACAUAAAAUUUAUUAUAUUUUGACCAUUCCAUCAAUGGAAAGUUUCGCUAUUGAAUGAGAAUUCUGUGUUUAAUAACGUUCAUGCUUGAAUAAUAAUAUUAAUGUUUCCAUUUGAAGAUCAAAGGUAUUUUUCAAUAAUAAUCAUUCAUGUUUGAUCAAUAUCAUCUCUUUUAUAAUAUUCUAUUGAUAUUUCACGUAUUUCUAUACAUUUAAUUAAAGUUUAUAAUGAUAGUUGGAUUCUAAAUUUAUGACUUUAUUAAAUAAUACAUUUAUUUAUCAAAAAUCAUAAUAAGUCUUUAUUUGAUCUAUUGAAAAUUAUUUAUAAAUACGUGGAUAUUUUUUUUAAUAAAUAAUUAUGAUUAUUACAAAAAAUCUAUUUUCAGAAUAGCAAACUAAUUUUAUUUCAGCAAUAUUCAUAUGAUUUUCCCUAUUGUUUAAUUUAUCAUACGAAGCAUAAAAACUAGCCAUCCUUUUUACCGAGUAAAAAUGUAAUCGAACGGAAAAACAUGCAUAUACAGACAAAUAAGAAUAGGUAUAGAUAUAUUUUAUAUAAAAGAGUAUUCGAUAAUGUAAAACAAUGUCUGAUCACUAAUAUUAUUGAAUUAAAAAUUAGUUACAGUUGACUAACUUAUAGGCAAACGUUUUAUUUUUAUUUUUUUCUAAAAGAAUUCUGUAAUGCAGUGGAGCCGUUCCCUAUAUAUAUAUAUGCAUUAUGUGGCAAUGCAUAUGUUAGGUAGGUAAAUACAAUCAAUAAAUAUUUCACCCAAUAAUGUCUGUAAUUUCAUGAAAAAAAAUGAAUAAUAAGUAAUGAACAAAAAGUCUUAAAAAAAUUAGAGGUCAUGGUGUCCCAAUGAAAAUUUAUCAUGAUAUUCAUAUAAAAUUUCAAAUCGUCGUCAUUGCUUUUGCGAAAACUAUUCAGACAUUUUGUAUUUAAUACAUUUUUACAGGAAUAUGACUUUUAAAUCUUAAUUAAAAUCAGUAUUUAAUUAUAAAAAAAAAAACUAAAAAAUCAUUUAACUACUGUAUAUAAUCGUUAAAUAUGCAAUUUGCCCUUCCAUUUAUAUUUAUUAAAAGUAUUGUAGAUUUUUGUUUUGUAUAUAUACUUUUGUUAAAAUCUAUUGUUCAUAGUAUUUUUCAUUGUUAUGUACCAUAUAUGUAUAGUAUCAAUAUUAUAAUAUAGUCUUGUUUUGUAA